AUGGCCCAAGCAAACCUUUGGUUUUACAGCUACAGGGGACCAAACAGGACCCUGAGUUCUGAGGUGCCCACCUGGCUCAUGCUAGACCCUAUGGCCAGCAGGUGCCAGCACGUGAUGCUUUGUGCGCUUUCUGGCAUCCCGAGACCAACGGUCACGGUCACCAAGUUCUGCACACUUGGCACCGGCUGCAGACUUCGGAAAUUUGUGGAAGCCGAAUUUCUAAGGAAAGGUCCCGACCGCUACACUGCUGUCAUGGGCAGCUGUCUGAGCCGGUUCCUGGGCUGGCCCCGGGCCAGGCUGCCGCCCCGAGCCCAGAAGCCCCGGGCCCUGCGCUCCAGACCCUUCCGACGCUCCCAGGUCCAGGACUGCUACAAAGUCGUCUAUGUCCACAGGCCGCGCUGGGUCCGCACCCGGCCCCUCCCCAAGGCUCCUCCAGGCUGGGACAAUGCCCGCAUCUGGAGGUACUUUUCCAAGAGACCAUCGCUCCAGAGCUUCAUUGUGCCGGGCUCUUCCGAUAUCGGCCAGGCCUACGUUAAGUGGCGGCUUUGGCACGCCCGGCACCCGCCGUCUGUCCCCAGCCUGGUGACCGUGAAAAUCGCCCCGCCAGAGCACAGAGGGGAGCCUCGACAAGCCUCACCUGCCCCGGAGCGCCCAGAUCCCUGUGCCAGGGAGACCAUGCUCAAGGCCCUCAGCCAGUGCAACAAUGGAAAAAGGAAAUUCACCGAGCCACUCUGGUUUGAGGCCCCGGACGCCAAGCGGAGGAAGCAGAACCCGGCACCCAGGCCUUCUGCCUUCAAGCCCGUCAGGAGAUGUAGAGAGGCAAGCCCGUCAGGAGACAGCCCCAUCUUUGUGCCCAGGCCUGGGCCGCUAAGACGCCUCCGCUCUCCCGCAGCAGUGUCUUCGGGGAGAUUCGGCCUUCCCUCAGUCCGCCGCCCGCCCUACUGCAGGAAGUACGCUGUCCAGAGCCCAGUCGCAGAGGCCACCGUGGGAGCUCUAGGAGCAGGAGCCACUCAGCCCACCGGGGCACUUCCCACCGCUUCAGCUGACCACUCUGCCAGCCCCAGCCCCGCCUCUCCUUAGCCUGCGGAGUCCCCACUGAAGAGACCUUGUUGCUCUCAAAACCCUUCCCUUUCCCCUGCCCACCCACUUCUGCCUUCUCCCUGGAACAGGAGGCAGCCAUAUCCUCUAUUUUCCC